GGCAUUAAUCAGUUGCAAGACGAUCGAUUAACGGAGAACAAGAGCCAGGCCAGGUGCAACCAUAUGUGGCUGCGUCGCGCUGGUAGUCGCCCCCCAAUCUCCAAAAACGUCUCAUCCUGACCGCGCAACGGUUUUCGAUCAUUUUAUUCGAAUUUUCCAAUAAUUUAUGGAUCGUUUGGAUGUGAAUUCGCGUCGAAGAAAAAUUGAUAUAAAUAUUUGUUGGGUGAAUUACCUAAUCAGUUGGCCAUUAACGUGAGUGCCCCGUGCCUGUGCCCCGCGAAUUCCGAAUCGUGCGAGUGGUGAGUGCUUUUCCGAGUGUCUGUGCGAGUGCGUGGUGAAUAUUUUAUAUAAUUCGCGGCGCACCAUCGAAUCCCCCGAGCAUUGCAUUGCUCGUUUGUACGUCAAGCAAUACGGAUUACAGAUACUGAAUCCGAUUUCGAUUUCGAUUCCGAUUCUUACGCAAGCAGAAUGCCAUCGGAUGAGGCGCUGACCGGCAUCGGGAAGCUGAUCUUCUCGCUGCUGAUCGGCUACCUGGGCGCCCUGGAGUGUGCGUUUGUGGUGCGGCAUCUGUACCACUGCACCUUCCAGCAUUCCGCAUACACGGCCACCGAUGCGGCGGCGGACAAUGAAGAGCUGCCGCGACUGCGCGAGCGCCUGGAGAAGGAGAUAGCCGAGGCGGCAGAGCGGGAGGCGCGCUCAGGCACCAAGGCCAUGCAAGAUGGAGUCCUCUACGACGACAAGGGCCUGCGAGUGGAUCCCGAAGGUGAUAAGAGAGCGGCGCUGGCAGCAGAAUUGGAGCGACAGCGGCGCAUUGAGGAGGAGACGCGACGAAAGCUGGCGGAGGCAGAGGCCCGCCUGGCAGAGGACCGUAGGAAGGCCAAGGAGGCGGACGAGAAGAUGAUCGAGCAGCAGAGAGAGGAGCGAAAGCAGCGCGAAGAGAAUGAGAGAAAGCUAAUCGAAGCGGAAAAGCAAAGAGAGGCAGAGCAGCGACAGCGCGAAGAGCAGGAACAAAAGCAACGCGAAGAGCAGCAGCGAAAGCUUCAGGCGGCCGAAGAGCAAAGAGAGCGCGAAGAGAACGAGCGCAAGCUGAUCGAAGCCGAAAGAGAACGCGAAGCGAACGAGCGAAGGAUCCAAGAAGCUGAAGAGCAACAAGAACGCCAAGAGAACGAAAAGCGGUUGCUUGAAGCGGAACAGAGACGCCUGGAAGCCGAACGCCAGCGAGAGCUUGAGGAAGCCGAGACGGAAGAGAGCGAGCGACGCCUCUUCGAGGCGGAAGUCCGGCGAGAGCGAGACGAAGGGGAUCAGGAACAAAGGGAUGCGGAGAUUGUGGAACGCCUUCUGGCAGCAGAGCGGGCACGAAAGAUGAGCGCCACGGAGAGCGAACUGGAGGAGGAGGCGCUGGAAGAGGAGUCGCGUCGCCUGCUCUCCGGUCGAGUGGAUGCGGCAAGCAAACAGAAAAUGAUCGAGGAGAAUGCGCGGCUCUUCCUGGAGGCCGAGGAGGAGAUGGUGAUGCUGCAGCAGCGACAGCUGCAGGCAACCCACAACGCGGAGGACGAAGCCGAAUAUGCGGGCGCCGUGCCCGUGGAGGAGGAGCUCUGCGUGAAGAAGGUACUGCCGCCCAGAUUCCAGGAGCCGGAAGUCCAGGAGGAGCCCAUGGUGGUGCACAAAGUGAAGACGCAGUACGGACAGUCGAAGGGUCCCAGCUUUCCGGGCGUAUCCGAUGAGGGUUCCUCCCUGGAGCCAAAUUCCAGCCAGCAGUCGUCGUUCAGCACACAGCCAUCGGAGGAUUUGCUACGCACAGAGGAAGAGCGGCCAGAGCCGGAGGGCGAGGAUCACACGCCCGAUGUGCAGUACACGGAGGACUAUCUGCGCUCCCUGGACGGCAUCAAGAGUCGUCCACUGAUGCGUGAGGAUGGAUCCGGCAGGCGGCGGGCCUUCAAGAAGCGCCGCUCCAGUGGCAGCUCCAAUUCGUCGCGUGACUCACGCGCCUCCCGCGACGAGGAGCUGAAGAUGUUCACCUCGCUGGAGGAGGAGGAGCUGCGCCACGGCGAGCGGGAGGACUACAAUCCCAUCAAGUACACCAGCGAACCCACGCUGCGGGUCAAGUCCCACCACCGGCGGCACAAACGCAGUCCGGCCAAGGACAUGAUGCCACCGCCGGAGGCCGAGGCGAGUGGCGUCGCCCUGGAGAUGCUCGGCGAGGAGGGCACCAACCCAUGGGGCGAAGUGACGCCCGAACACUACAAGGACACGGAGUUCUGGAAGCGCGAGAAGGCAUUGUCCAUCGAUGAGGAGGAGUUCGAUUUGGAUUUGUCAAAGAACGAGCAGAAAUCUUCUUCGUUCGAGGAUGCAACGGAUGCGCAGAAUGAGGAGGCAGCCACCGCACUGCUGCAACAACGCUCCAAGGAGCAGCCGGAGGACGCCAACAAAGCGGCGGAGACCAGCGCCAGCAGCGACAACAAAUCCAAUCUGCGCACCUCUCCCGCAACGGAGGAGCAGUCCAAAGGCGGGUCACCCGGCCUCCGACGCAGUCCACGCAUCGACGAAAUGGAUCACUACGCCGAGCGCUGGUCAGCCACGCAGCCGGAACAGCCGCAGACACCCAGCAUCAAUGUGCAACAGCCGGACACGGCGCCGUGGCGCGAUCAGUACGGACUGAUGAUGGAGGGCCUCAGCGACUUUUACGACUUCCAGGCCUCCGUGAAUCCCUCACGUUCGCGUUCCACCUCGCGCAAUCCCUCGCCACAGCCCAAGAAUGUGGCCAAUCGCAUGGAUGUGGACAUGGAAAAGUCAUUGGAGGUCUACGACGACACACAGAACGGGCUGACGGCGGGGGAAUUGAAUUGCGAGCUGGUGCUGCAGCUGCUGGAGACGACAAUGAAUGGAAAUGAAGAGCCAGCAGAGCAGCUGAAGCUGCAGAAUGUGGCAGAUGAUGCGGGCAAUGGGAGUCCACCAGUGACCAUGGUCUAUGCCCCCACAGAGAACUCUCUACGCGAGGAGACAGCCAGACAUUCACGCUCCCGUUCCCCACUGCCGACCAGCGAGAAUCUCGAGCGGAGCAUCAGCCAGCGCAGGCAGCGUCUGAUCAAACACAACGACGAGAUCAUGGAACGAUUGUCCAACUCCAGCGGCAGUGGCAGUGGCAGUGAUGGGCGCAACAGUCCCAUGGAAACGGAAGCCAAUGGAAACGUAACGCCACCGCUGCCCCAACCCGUAAUCGAAAUCAAUGACAUGGCCAUGGAUGAGCCCAUGGAGGAGGUGGUGCAGGUGGAGGUGGAGCCACAGCCGACACUGGAGGAGCGGCGUCUGUUUGUGGAAACCCUUCGAGCGGAGCGGAACUCACACUCUCGAUCCCGCUCCCGUUCACGUUCGCCACUGCCCACGGCGGAUAAUAUAGCCAAGAGCCUGGAGAGCCGUCGCCAGAGGCGCAUUCAGCACAACGAUGAGAUCUUUGAGAAGCUGCACCUAUCGGAAGAGGAGACAAAUCCUGCAGCUGCCAGCAUGCCCAUCCCCUGUGUGUCCAUUGAGAUUGAAGCACCACCCGAGGAGCAGCAGAUUGAAGUAGAAGCCGUUGAGGAGGAGGACACGCCCGAGAGCAUGGCCAGACUCUUCGAGCAGCUGCGUCUGAAUCGCGUGCGUUCGCACACCCGUUCCAGAUCGCGUUCCCGCUCGCCGCUGCCGAGUGCCGCCAAUCUGGAGCACAGUCUGGAGAGGCGUCGCGACAAGCUGAUUGCCCAGAACGAUCUUUUCUUUGAGCAGCUCCAAGAGCGGGCCAAGACCCCCGAGCCAGAGCCACGUCUGACCGUGGAAUAUGUCUACGAGUUUGUCCAGGAGGAGACAGCAGGAGAUAUUCCCACAGAUAGCAGGGAUAUGCGUUCGCUUUCGCCCUCACGUUCCCGUUCCAUGACUCCAUCGGAGCUGAAGGAGGAGCAAGAGCUGAGUGAGGGCCAUGACUUCCAUCGGAUGCUCAAUCUAGAGGGCUCCGAUCAGCGCACGCUCCGCAAGAACAGCGAGGAGGUGGAGAGUGUCCUGGCGUCGAGUGUCAAGCAGCGGGAGCUGGAUCUGGAGGCCCUGCAGCAGCUGCAGCAUGCCAGCGAGGAGAUUGAGCUGCGUGUCCUGAGUCCCACGGGUUCCGAGCGCCAGCGAGUGGAGGAGAUGACCAGAGAGGCGCCAGAUGUCGCGCGAACCGUGUCCGAGGUGGCCAGGGAUCUGCAGGACGAACUGGUGGCCACUGGCUUCAAGCGAUCCACCUACGUGGGCGAGUCGCUGGACCAAGUGGAGGAUAAGGCGGCACAGCGGGAGCUGCAGGCAGCCAUUCUGGACUCGAUCACUGAGAAUCGUUUGGGGGCCAAGCCCAAGACCUUUGCCGAGGAGCUCAAGGACACGCAGCGCAUGAAGGACGAGUCGCUGGCCAGCGGCUUCAAGCGCUCCACCUACGUGGGUGAAAUGUCGCAGGAUAUGUCCGCCGGACAGCUGGACGAUCUGCGUCAUCGCACGGCGGAAUUUCAGCGCUCCCGCAGCCAGAGCCGUUCCCCUCUGCGCGGCGAGGAGGUGGCGCUGCUGCGGGACAUUGACGAGGAGGUGGCCAAGCGGGAGCUGCAGGAUCAGCUGCUGGACAAGCUGGCUGCCUCCAGCGUGAAUUUUGAGAAUUUUUCGCGGCAUCUGAAUGCCGAUUUCCUGGACAGCGAGCGACGUGCCUCCGAUUCGGCGAUCCUCAAGCAGAUCGAUCCGUACGGCGAUCACCUGGAGCCGGAGGAGUACCAUCACUUUCGUCGCUACUCGCUGGCCCAGGAGCAGCCCGUGGAGGAGUAUCCCAGCGAUGAGUUUGUGUACAUCUCGCAGAUUGAAGUGCGCACAAUGACGGGCACGCGCACCUGGCUGAGGGAGGACUUUUACACGCAGGAACCGGAGGAAUUCGAGUGCUCCAAGGAGCAUGUCGUGGAUCAGGAUUCGUGGGCACGCGCCGUGCUCGUCGCGGAGGCAGAGGCGGCCGCCUUUGAUGCCACCAAUGCCAUCUACAGCUACGACAUAGCCGGUGAGGAUUUCGACGAAGAUCGGCAGCAGGAACAGGACUUGGACUUGGACUUGGAGCUGGAGCGUAGCAGCUCCAAUGACAGCGAGGAUGAGCGUCAGACGGUGGUGGAGAUUGACGACGAGGAUGAGUUCGAGUACGAAUUCGAUGAGGGCAUCUCGGACAACAACGAGCGCACCCAACCGACGGACGAGUCGCAUCACGACACCUCCGAGUGCGAGGAGGCGGAGCGGAAUGCCGAUCGCUAUGCGAAUCGCGGGGCCCAGGACUGGGAGGAGGUGGACGAUGCGGAUGAUUUCCUAGACUAUGGCCUGGAUGAUGGCGCUGUGGGUGGUGCCACGCCCUACUCCGAUCCGGACUCCUUCAUCGAGCAGAUCUACAACGAUGCCAUCAAGAACAGGAAACAGUCGGGCAUUCUGCGGGAGUACGAGACAAUUGUGCAGGAGCAGCUGCCGUCGGACCACAGCGAGUCCUCGGACAAGGAAAAGUCCAGCUCGGAGAGCGAACGCUAUGCGCUGUGGGCCAAGACGCGAGAGCUGGAGAGAUCCAGCUCCAGGCAACGACACACCGAUGUGGACAUUGCCUUGGGUUUGGGUCUGCUGGAGAGCGAGCGGCGGGACACGGAGAUGCGCUACCUGGGAGAUGCCCAAGUGGCUGCCAGACAAUCCACGCGACUGCGCACUCGCUAUGGCUACAAUCCACAGCUGCAGGCGGGCAUGGAGUUGGAGGAUGACAUCGAAGUGGAUCUGAACUACAAGCCAAAGCGGGAAUACAAUUGGAGGAAGAAUUUCCGUUUGGAUGAUAAUGCAAAUGGAGGGGAAGUUACAGAGAGAACGGAAGAUGAGCAGGAACAGGAAGAAAGGGAACGCUAUGAAGAGGAGCAGCAGCUGGAGGAAGAGCAGCAGCAGCAGCAGGAGCUAGAGGUCUACAAUCAGAAUGAGGAACCCCUCGAGUACCAGGAGGAAGAGCAAACCAAUGGGGAAAUGCUCGAUCUGCGUCGCAUGAGCUUGGGCGGCGAGAGCAUCACCCUCUUCAGUCGCAGUCCCAUGCGGGAAAUUCUCACCGAUGUGCAGGAGGAGAGUUACCCACAAGCAGAGGGGGAAGCCGAAGCAGCCUACGAGGAACCACCACCACCCGUGGAGGCCAUCGAGCCACCCAGCGAGAAGCCCAAAAAGAAAAAGAGCAAGAAGAAGGUGCGCAAGGGCUCCAAAACGGAGGAGGAGCUGCGCGAGGACAACGAUUCGGAUACGCAGAUGUACGCCAGUCGUCGGCAGGAGGAUCAGCAGGAGGCGGGAGCUGCAGCAGCAGCAGCCGAGCCAACACCCAAGCGAAAGACCCGCUCGCGACGCAGCUCCAAGAGCAGCCUCAACAGCGAUCAAGCUGAAGGACUCUUCUCGCCCCGAAGCAGCCUCGCCUUUGUGGGCGAUUCAUUGGCGGGCAUUGCAGAGUUCGAGACACAAGAAAGAAGGGAGGAGGAGGAGGAGGAGCAACCAAAAAAGAAAACCAAGAAGCGAAAGAAGACCAAGGAGACCAAGGAGGAGCUGCCACUGCAGCCAGCACCAGAAAUGGACCAGUUGGACAAAGAUUUGGUUGCGGCUCUCUCGGAGAUUGCGCCCGUUUCGGUGUCCUCGAACCUGACGCCCGAAUCCACGCAGCAGAAUCUGUUGUCCAGCGUGAGUGCGGGUCAGAGUGUGUGCGUGACCCCGGCCUCAUCCAUCGAGGAGGCAUCCCCCUCCAACACCUCCGCUGCUCCAUCUGCUGCUGUGGUGCCCGCCCGCUCCGUUGUGGACACUUUCGACAUACUGAAAGAUGCCAACUUUUAUCCGCUCUUCUAGCUUUCGCUUUCGCUUGGGCUUUUCGCUUUCUGGUUUGAUUUAAUCCUCAAGCUGCACUCAUUUGUUUUUUAUCUAUUUCUUAUAGACAUGUUCAUAGCCACGAAUACGAGUCCGAAACACACACGAGCCCACGUUCAAGCCAUAGAUCCAUAGAUACUCCCAGCAUCCAGCAUCCGCCUCCUCUGACUGAAAGGGCAAACAAAUGCCCAACCCAUGGGAUCAGAGAUCCUAACUAUCUAUCUACAUAUCUAUUUAUUGUAUAAACUAUGUAUUAUACUAACGAACCAUGAACAGAACCCACAAACCCCACAAAAAAAAGAGGCCUCUACUCAUCAUAGAUGUUAGUUGUACUUAACGAACUUUUUUUGCUGUCUUCUUAAUUGCCGAGAAAUAAAUGCCAAAUGAAUAAAAGAAAA